AUGUCUUCCCGACCACGUCGCUCGGCCGCCCAAAGGGCUUCGGCGGCCAUAACUGACCUAGCAGCCGACAGGGAAUCCACCGGCACCUACGGCCGCACUAGACGCUCUCUAGAUAACAGGGACGCGCCCUCGAGGGACCGUGACCGGUCCAUGGAUCGUCCGUCGUCGUCCGCCUCGGCGGACUCCCAUCACGUGCCCGCCACGGGCAAGGGUUUAAAGUCACGGCAGUCCACCCACGGGUCACCCACCACUACUCGCAAUGAAAUCUCUGUUAAGACCCGCGGCGCACCCAGUGAGGCGGCAAGCGGCAAGAGGUCUACGCGCGGGAAUAGGAAACGCUACGUAGAGUCUGAAAGCGACGAGGAGGAGGAUGAGGACGAGGAGCAGGGCGUCAUCCGCGUUAACAGCGCCCGGGAUGCCGAUGCUGAUGCCGACGCCGACGACGACGAUGAGAUGGACAUGGGCGAUGAGGACGCUGAUGGCGACCCGGACGAUAUGGACAUCGACGCCGAGGGCGAAGAAGACGAAGAGGAUGCUGAGGGCGAGCCCGAUGACGACAUGGGCGAGUCCAUCGUGGUUAACAAGCCGCCCAGCAGGGAUACGAGAUCGAGGGCACCCGCCUCACGCAAGCCGGCCGCGGCGCCGUCCAGGAAGCCGCCGGCCCGCAAAGCGGCGGCUGCUGCUGCUGCCGCCGCCGCCGCCGCUAACGACGACGAUGACGACGAGUUAAGCGAGCUGGAUAGUGAUGUCGGCGACCCCGACGAGACAAUGCUUACGAUGGCCGACGGGCUUGGUGAUGAGGAUGCCGACGGCGACCCAGACGACGACGUUGACGCCGAGGGUGAGGAGAUCGAAGUCGCGACCAAGGCAGCCGACGAGGAUGACGAGGAUGACGACGAGGAGCUAGGCAGCGACGCAGGUAGCCGGGAGGAGACGCCGGAUUUCACUAAGAUGACCAAGCGCCAACGCGCCCGUUUUGAGGACGAGCCGCAGGAGUACAUGAAGCUAUCGGAUGAGGUCCAAGUCAAGAAGGUGUUUACGGCCGAGGAGCUCAGCAUGAGACGCUCCGAGAUGGCGCGUCGGCGGCGUAACCUCAGUGACAAGCGAAACGAGGAAGUCAAGAUGGAAACAAUCAACAAACUACUCAAAAAGCAGCCUAGCAAGGCAAGCCGGCGGGCGGCCGCGGCCGCAGAGAACGAGGGCGAGGACGGCGAGGGAGGCCCGCGGGCCAACCCCCUGUUCGUCCGAUGGGUCAGCAACAAGGACGGUUGUCACGUUUCUGUGCCCGUCGAGAUUGUCGACAGCCCGGUCGGGAAUGUUUUCACGGCCGGGACGGGACGAAAGAUGGUCCAGGAGGUCUGA